UCUCGGCUCAUCCGAUGGUUGGCCUGAGGAUAGAUAGGGGCACGCCGCUGCAUUCAGCGAGCGCCCUGCCAGGUAGGUGCCGCUGUGGUAGCCUGGGAAGUGUCUCGCAGGAGAAACUUCAAAGACCUCGCUGGACCAAGGACGCAGCGAACAACAGUCAAGGGUUUUCAAACCCCCGGUAGCCAGGAUCUAGAGAGAACCUGCUGCCUGCCGCUGGUCACCCCGUGGGAGCGCAGGGCAUGCCCAGUGGCCGAGGAAAAGUGAGGGGGUCCAAGCCAGGCAAGAAUGUCCAGCUACAGGAGAACGAGAUCCGAGGACUCUGCUUGAAGUCUCGGGAGAUCUUCCUCAGUCAGCCUAUCCUCCUAGAACUUGAAGCACCACUCAAGAUAUGUGGUGACAUCCACGGGCAGUACUACGAUUUGCUCCGGCUGUUUGAAUAUGGUGGCUUCCCGCCAGAAAGCAACUAUCUGUUUCUCGGGGACUAUGUGGACAGAGGCAAGCAGUCACUGGAGACGAUCUGCCUCUUGCUGGCCUACAAAAUCAAGUAUCCGGAGAACUUUUUCCUUCUCCGGGGGAACCAUGAGUGUGCCAGCAUCAAUAGGAUCUACGGCUUUUACGAUGAGUGCAAAAGAAGAUACAACAUUAAGCUGUGGAAAACGUUCACAGACUGUUUUAACUGCUUACCGAUAGCAGCCAUCGUGGAUGAGAAGAUAUUCUGCUGUCAUGGAGGUUUAUCACCAGAUCUUCAAUCUAUGGAGCAGAUUCGGCGAAUUAUGAGACCAACUGAUGUACCAGAUCAAGGUCUUCUUUGUGAUCUUUUGUGGUCUGACCCCGAUAAAGAUGUCUUAGGCUGGGGUGAAAAUGACAGAGGAGUGUCCUUCACAUUUGGUGCAGAAGUGGUUGCAAAAUUUCUCCAUAAGCAUGAUUUGGAUCUUAUAUGUAGAGCCCAUCAGGUGGUUGAAGAUGGGUAUGAGUUUUUUGCAAAGAGGCAGUUAGUCACUCUGUUUUCUGCACCCAACUACUGCGGCGAGUUUGACAAUGCAGGUGCCAUGAUGAGUGUGGACGAGACCCUCAUGUGCUCUUUCCAGAUUUUAAAGCCUGCAGAGAAAAAGAAGCCCAACGCCACGAGACCCGUCACACCGCCAAGGGUUGGAUCAGGCCUGAACCCGUCCAUUCAGAAAGCUUCAAAUUAUAGAAACAACACUGUCCUAUACGAGUGACCGGUAGCGCUUUCUUUGGCUACAUUCUUUAUUCUGCGGUGACGCUGAGGCUUAUAAAUCAAAAGGAACUAACUUGCCGUCCACCCGUUUAUACAGAACUCACAGUAUCUAUGACUUUUUUAAACGACGACCUGUUAAAAUGAAUCUGUUUCCACAGAUGCCCGUGUACAAUGCCAUGUGCUGAGAAUGACUUCAGACUUAUUAAAUGCAAGCUUGUUAA